AUGGAGCCACCGUUCAAAAGGCGGCGCUUUUCAGGAAACAGCUACCCAGAAAUCGACCUUCAUGCGCGGAGAGCUCAGAAUGACUUCCGAUUGAAAUCGAUCUUCGAAUCGAUAUUUGACAAAUAUGGGAAAGAUUUUGAUGGCAUAGGCGAUGAGAUAGAUAUGGCGACAGGGGAAAUCGUGGUCGACAAUGGUCAUAUUCUCGGUAUGACCAAUGAGAGAGAUGCAGGGGACGCCGAAUACUCAUCCGAAGAGGUGGCCGAUGACGAAGACGACCACUCUUUGAUCGAGUACCGCGAGGAACAUUUUGCAGCUCUGAAAUCAUCCAAGGCAGGAGAUACAGCUGCCAUGGAGGAAUCAGAAGCUUCAGGGCAGUCGGAUUUUGACGCCGACAGUCUUAUGGGCGAUGUCCCAGCUGAGUCCCACCUACACCAAUUAGGCAAGAAGUCUAGGAGAGCAGUCUCAAUCCCUUCAGAUGACGAUGAGGAUGAGUUGGCAAGCAGCGAUAUUGAGUGGGCAUCACACAGAAAUAAUAGAUUAAGUGCUCAGGAGACCUCGUGUCUCCUCAAGGACAAGCCCGCUUUCGCAGACGAGCCAAAUAUCGAGCCAGCAUGGAGAGCACCGCCCUUGCCGAACAUUGCCAUACUCAAGAGGGAGAGAGAUAAAGUUGGACUGACCAGCGUUGAUAAUAUGCGAGAGUAUUCCGACGAUGAGCGAGCAGGUAUUUCGCUAUGGACACCCGAGGCUAAGAAACCUCCACGGCGGAGACGCGAUAGUGCCAACUCAGUAAGUCAGCGAUCACUAUCGUUUGCACGCGGUCAAGAGAACAGUGCCGACGAACCGGUUUUCGAUUUGAGUAACUCGGAGCCCGCUGCCCGGAGGAUAGUCAAAUGGACGCAGGAGGAAGAAGAGCUUUUGAUUCAUCUAAAGACUACAACGAAUCUAUCGGGUGCGGCCAUGGAAUCCUACUUUCCAGAGCGGCAGCGUAGCUCUAUUGCAUCUCACUGGACCUACAUGAUCACCCAUGGUAAGGCGAGCUCAAAGCGUCAGUUGCCUAAGAUAUUGGGGCGCAGAAUACCGCUUCCCAGCUUGUCUCCUAACAUAAAUUCUCUGGGUCCUGAUAAAAUCCGCCCAGAGCCGUAUGAUCACGAUACUUUUUCGAGAGCCAAAAAACCGCAGAACGUCCAGCAGCAAUCGAAUAAAGGCUUUUUAGAAGAGGGGAAUUUUGUUCGGAGCUUGAGCAAGCCUAUGGAACAACUUGGAGAUCACCGCAUGACUUCUCAGUAUCAAACUGGGCGUAACCAUGGGAAACCCAUUGGCUACACUGUGGACGAACCGAUUUUGAUUUCUGAUGAUGGUGGAGCUCACAUUCGAUACACGAUGGGUGAGCCGUUCUCGAGCGUGAGGGAUCGCGAGAUAAAAGAGAAUUUCACAGUGGGCGAAUCACUGGACGAAUCACUGGACGACGCCAGUGAGCCUUCUGCCAGGACCAGUGACCACCACCAUCCAGUUGGAAAGGUGCACAAUCGCUCUGACCAAAGCUCAAUAUACCGAAACCAGGAGGGAACGCGAAGAACCAAAAGCAUUAACUCGCCAGAGGCAUCCGCUCGUCGAACAUCUGACAUUGCUCGUCACGUGGAUGGUGGUUGCAAGAUAGCUGAGUUUGCAUCUCAGUCGAACCCAAACGAGACUUAUGCCGGUACAGAUCAGUCAUAUAGCCUUUCAAAGCCAUUCGAAAUCGAAGACGAUGUAGUCGUGCUUCCGGACCAAGGACUCGAAGUCGUCUCCGAGGACGGCUGCGAAGCUCGGGUAUCUUCUCCGACCAAGUCUAUCAAGGCUAAGCCCAAUGUUGAGGGCGCAGACAAGUACAGUGAAGGCUUUUUCCCCCCAAAAGUACAGCCUCGGAGUACUAUGGCAAUGGAAACUUCAAGUUUUCUCCAACGACUUAGAACAAGCCAAUCCGCAUCACAGCAAGAAGGGUCGAUUUCUGAGGCAAAAAACAAUAUCCAGAAAAAAAGGUCAACGACAGAAGGACCACAGAAGACUGGACCGACGAAUUUAUUUUCAAUCAGUUCAGCACAGCCACCUAACCAUGGCAAACCAAGUGAAUACCAUGAGCCCAACUUCGAAGCAACCAGCAAAACUACUGCCAAAAGACAGAUUGUCCAAGUUGUGAUUCCAUUGUCUGCAACAAGCAACGUGAACAGAAAGAGUGGAGAUACCAAAGAAAGUCCGUUGAGCCAUCCCCAAAUUAAAUCGCCUUUGCCCACCACGGAGACUACGGACCGUGCUUUCAUCAGACGGCUUUCUGCUAGAGUGGAGAACGCACCCGCAGAGUUAUGCCCGGGUUUGCCUGAUCAUGAGAUUCUUGCGAUCCGCACUCCCACUAAGUCGCCUUCGGUUGCUGCAGCAGAGAGCCAGUAUGCGGCUUCAGCAGCGUUCGUCCUCAACGAUGUCAGGUCUUCUCUGGGCCCUGAAAUCGCUGACUCGCAGCCUCUGAGCGUAACACCUGCUGUAGCUACUUCAGUGCAAGAACUCGGGAGAGAAGCGACCAAGCCUAUCAUCUUGGACACCGAGUCACAAUCUUUGCGCAUGACUCCAGGCGCAGCUACUUCAACAAGGAAGCAGCCCAAGAAUGUCAUCCAGAGUAUCAACUUAGAUCCUGAUUCGCAGCCUUUGCGCGUGACUCCAGGGGUAGCGACCCCAGUGCGGAAGCAGAUCGAGGAGGCCAUAGAAUCUGACAUCGUCGAGUCUGGUUCUCAUCCACUGAGUAAGAGGCUUGCGGCAGCUCGAUCGACGUUAAGGAAGGUUAAGAAAGAGAUCGUCUCCGAUUCUUUCUCCUCAAUAUGGACAGCAGUUGACGACUUCAGUGAGGACGAGCUGUCCUAUCUCUAA